AUGACGUCGCUUCCAGGCAGCAAAGACGAAGAGAAGACUUCCCCCAACGAUGUAAACGAGGCAACAGCAGCAGAUGUGUUGCCUGACGACGUCGAGUCCGAUUUCGUGUCUACUGAGAUUCCUCCAGAAGCGCCAGUGGCAGCAGUCUCCGAGGAGAUGCCGCCAGAUUCCGAUAGCAAACAGGAGGCUCGUGUGGAAACAGAGAUGGAGCAGCCUACCAAACCCUCUGAUGCAGCUACUACCACCACCACUGGUGAGACGCAGUCGGCAACCACCGCGAUUUCGCGAAUGGUCUCAUCACCGGGAGCCUUUAGCAUGCGAGGCCCGGACGGUGCGGCUUCGGACGACCCCGAGAACGACGAGGACGAAUUCGACGAGGGUCCACCACCAGUGAACGAUUUGGAAACUGGAACCGUUGGUACCACUCGUAACGACACAACUGUCGCCAUUGCAGGAAUGCCGCAGCAACAACUUCCACAAGAUCCCAUUGUGGAAGCUGUGGCAGUUCAAGACGACCUUCUUGAAAGAGCACAGAUCGAGGAAGAAAUCAGAAACACUAUCCUGCAAGAGGCGGUACAGGCAGAUGUGAUUCCUGUACAAGUUCCUGAUGUCAUAGAUGAAAGGAUGGGCGACAAUAAAGAACCCAAUUCCAUGAAACACAUUCUUUGUGGCGUGGUUAGCUUGGUGCUUCUCCUGGUACUAGUGCUGGGUCUGGGGCUUGGUCUUUCCAAAGAGAAGGAUGAUGUCACUACAAACAACAUGGAAAACACCAAAAGACCUACACUGGAAGUUGUGAGGGAACGUGGCUAUGUACGAUGUGGAAUGAACAAUCUUGGCUUUGCCAGCAUCAUUGAUCCGGAACAAUCAGACCAACUAGCCGGUUUCAAUGUACAGCAGUGCAGGGUGAUGGCUUCUUUGGUCUUUGGAGAUCCUGACAAAUUUGAACAAGUUUGGGUGACUCCCUUUUCUAGAUUCGAGUUGUUAGCCGAUGGAACAGUGGAUAUCACUACAGAGGGCACAACCCAUACUAUGGGGCGCGAUGUCUAUGAAGCAAACACAAGAUCUUCCUUUACAUUUUCCACCCCGUAUUUCUACUCAGGAUUGGCAUUUGGAGGUGUGCCAACAUAUGUGGACUGUGCAGACAACUUGGAGGAUUUCCGUGGCGACUGUAGGGGUCUGCAGAUUUGUGCUGCAGCAGGUACAACUCACCUUGCAGUGCUCUCUGAAGUUUUGGGGGGUGGUACCAUUGUCCCAUACAAUGGCACGGACACCUUAGUCGAAAGGUUCCUGUCAGGAACUUGCAAUGUUAUUGCGUCAGAGCCAAUCUUCCUCACCAAGUUCAGUGCAGUCUAUGAUGACCCAGAGUGGUCAGCUCUGGCAGACAUUGCUGUCAAUGCCUUCUUUUUGGCAGAGGCAAACAACAUCUCCAAAGAUCAAUCUGACAAAAUGGCGGACUUGGCUUUAUCCAACAAAGGUACUGAAGCUGAGCUAGACCUGAUCUCUUCUCUGACAACCUUGAUUGCAGAGUUUGGGCAUCACGGUGACCUCUACAGUCUUCACAUAGAAGACAAGGUGCCAAGGCAAGAUGGUCUCAACACAGUCUAUGACAAAGAGUCGUCAACAGGUCUGUUGUACUCCAUACCACUUGGGAAGAUUACUGAGCUUGGACCAAGUCCUGUUGCUAAUGGCACCCUGUCGCUGAUUCUGGAGCAAAACUACCUUGUCUGUGGAGUAAUGCCAACCAAAGGCCCAGCAUUUGUAUCCUCUUCCAAGAUUGAUUCCUACGAUUCUCUAUGGUCUGGCUUUGACAUUGAGUUUUGCCGAGGAUUGGCAGCAUCAUUGUUUGCUGGUGAUUCCAGCAGGGUCGUGUUUGUGGAGGUGCAAGACAUGACUGAUGCAUAUGGUGCUUUGGCCAAUGGUUCAGUGGAUGUUGUGGCUGGUGCUAGAGUAACCCUUCAGGCUGGCAUCCAGGAACCAACAACAGGUCUUGGUUACAAGUUCUCGUCACCCUACUACUACGACAAUGAAAGCAGAGAUGCGUUUGCCUUUAUGAUGCUCAACACAGAUCCACAAUGGAAUGACUUCGUCUAUUGGAUAGUGAUGGGAGUCAUCUUUGCAGAGGAGGAAGGCAUUACAGCUGAAACCUCUGUUGACAUGCCCAUUGUUUCUUUGUUUGGUGAAAAGUUGAAGCAAAUGUUCCGAGACUGUGUUGCCUCUGUGGGAAACUAUGCCGAGCUGUACAAUGCUACAUUGCAAGACGUUGUGCCAAGGGGCGGUGCAAAUAGGCUCAAUGAGGGACUGGCUGGGCCACAGCUGUUUCCGAUAAAUUUAAGUUAA